CCCCUAGAGCAGAACAAGCUUCCAAAAUAUCUUUCCCUUUUCCUUUAUCUUUCUUUGUUUAAUCGAAUUCUUCCCCUUUUCAUUGAGGCAUUGGAUAGCCUUGAGAGAAGCGUUGGGUAAAUGGCGGCUAUGGAGAUGAGCUCCGGGAUAUGCUUUCUUCUCUUUCUCGUUAUCUCAGUGAAGAAGACUCUCAAGCUCCACAAAAAGGGUUUUAAAGGCUGAAAGUUAAUAGUAGUAGUACUAGCAGAGCAGGGUUUUCCUUCAUCUCUGAGUUUCAAGACAAUGUUGUUUUAGUUCACUCAAUAUCUCUCCACUCCCUAAAAUCCCCAAAUCACAAGAUUUCAGUAAAAAAAAAAAAAUGGCAGACUAUCUUCCCGAAGAUGUGUUAGUCAACAUUUUUCACUAGACUAGCCAUAAAAACCCUUUUGCAAUGCACAUCUGUCUGCAAAUCAUGGCAUUCCCUUAUCGUAAACCCUAGUUUCAUCCAUUUCCACCUCAAUCGACAGCCUACUCAAACCUAUAACAAAGCCCACCACCUCUUGAUUGUGCGAACCUGCUCUGAUGAAGGCGGGAAAGAGCUCUACUCCCUUAGUCCCUUCACUAUGAUUACGAAGCAUUCGAUGAGUAUGCCAAGCUCCAUUUCCCUUUCAAGAAGGCUUAUAGUGAGUUCUAUCGGAUAGUCAGAAGCUGUAACGGGGUUCUGUAACUCACGGACGAUCAACAUUCUUAUGUGGACAACACAAUUCUUUGGAAUCCCUCGAUUCAGAAGUGGGUAACUCUGCUGAAGCCUAGGGUUACCUUCUCUUCACAUGGAUCAUUCGAUCAUGCGAUUGGCUUCGGCUUUGAUGCCAAGUCCAAUGACUAUAAGGUGGUUAGGAUUGUCCGUCUUUAUAAUUUCUGCUCGAAGGUUCAUCUAGAGAUUGAUUUGUACUCACUGAGCAUGGCACUUGGCAGAACAUUAGCCAUUUGGGUCUUCCUUAUGUGUUUAGGGGAAGGGCAAUUCAAGCCUAUUUGAAUGGGGCUGCUCAUUGGAUUGGAGCGGAUAUAGAAAGGCAAUGCAUGAUGAUUGUGUCGUUCCAUAUUGGUGAUGAGUUGUUUCACAGUAUGUCACUAGCAGAUGAGAUACCAUUUGAGCCUUGGUUUCUUAGGCCUGCUGUUAUUCAAGGAUCACUUUCUAUGGUACAGGAAAAGGGGUAUAGUUACGGAAAAAUUGGUGCAUAUCGGUGAUGAAAGAGUAUGGCGUGGCAAGCUCUUGGACUAAACUUCUUGAUGUGGGUAUUGGUGAAGGAAUUGACAGGUUAAUUGGUUUCCAAAAGGAAGGAACACUCCUGAUUGAUGCCCGAGGGGAUCUCAUAUCUUUUAGUCCUGUAGAUGUACUAGGAAAGGUGCUUGGAAUUCGCUGCAAUACAAGCAAUUGGUAUAAGUUCUCACUCCAUACAGAUGCUUAUGUGGAAAGCCUCGUUUUACUUGGAAGUUCGGAGCAAACAAAGGAAGAUGAAGUUGCCUGUGAAGAAGAAAAGGAGGUUGAAGUUGGGUGUGGUGAAGAAGAAAUACAAAAUAUACAAGCAGCAGGAACCAGGGUUGUGGUGGGACGACACAGUCAAUUUGAGGCUGCAAAGAAAGGUUGAGAAGGGUUGCAAGGAAAGAAGCAGCACGAUGUACCUCUUCAUCCUCUAGUUCUUUAUCUAGUGAAGUAAAAGGAAAUAGAAAAAAAGAAAACAAGAAAAAACUUUAUGCUCUAAUCUUGCUACUAGUUUGCUUAAGGUUUUUGAGAAGGUAUUUUUGCACUCUGCUGAGUGUAAUCAAGGUGAUUGUAUGGGACAUAGACAUUGGUAACUCUCUCUUCACGGGGUUAACUUAUGUAUCUUACCUUCAUGAUAAUUUGGAAUCGUAAUCGCAUUUGAUGCUCAUAUUUGUCAAUGAUAUCUUUCGCCGUUGUUCAUAA